GUGCCAUCAUCUAAUUCACAAAAUGGACGCUGAAGCAUUAUUCAAGAAAAUGCCUUGUAAAUAAUAAUAGAUACAUUGCCUGUGAUGUUCGACAGAGUUUUUAUUAAAUUUACUUGUUAUAGAACAUGUGAAUGCGCCAGUGAAGUGUGAAAACAUCAGAUCUACCAAUGGCUAACAGUGUUGUUAAAGUAACUGAUGAUGCCCUCAAUGACAGUCUAUUUCUGUUAGUAGGAGAGGAUGGAACAGUUACUCCUGACAGAAAGAGUGUGGAAUCCUUCCUAAACUCCAAGACAGGUUCAACAAAUAUCCAGAUCAUGCAUAUAAAUAAAAAUGAUGGGAAUGCUAUUGAUGUAUCGAUAGAUAACUUGACAUAUAUGCCUGAUGCAGAUAUUAAUGAAGUUCCUCAACAAGCACCACCACCACCAAAACCACUUAACUUAGAAGAAAUUGCCAGAAAUUUACAUAAUUUCAGGUUGGAUCAUGAUUACACCCCAUAUGUAUCUGCAAAAGUAGUAGAUAAAAAGAAUGAAGAAGAUGAACUAGCAAAAACACUGAGUAUCCUGGAUGGAGGAGAAGAAUUGCCUCCCAAAACACCAGCACCACAGACUGUUCAAGAACCAGUUUCAGCCUCAAAAGUUCCUUCAAGUUUGCAUUCUGUUAAAGUAAAAAUUGAACCACAAGAUUCACCUAAAGCAUCUGACCUUUUGUCAGGGAAAUGUGAUACACCAAAACAAGGAAGUAGUGCUUCAAAUGAGGAAACUCCAAAAAUUAGACAAAGAGCAAAAAGCCUUUCUGUGGCAAAAUCUCAUAAAUCAAUAACAAAACAUUUGAAAAUCAAACAAGAAAAGCUUAGUGAUGACGAAAAUUAUGGAUCAGAAGAUGAUUUUGAUAUUGAUUUUAAUGAUGACGACAAUGAUUCCGAUUUUGAACUAGAAGACGAUUACAAACCUAAAUUAAAAAGAGGUGGUAGAAGGGUGAAAUCAGAAUCCAAGCCACCAAAAUCACCAAAACUUUUAAUACCCAAGAAAGAACUGAAAUUAGAAAUUAAAGAUAAGUCUGAAAUUAAAUUAGAAAAAGUUGAAAGUACCAAAGAUAAGGCUUUGGAACAAAAAGCUCCAGAGACACCUACAGACAAAAAAACGAUAAUAAAGAAAGAAAAGAAAACUCCAAAGCCUAUUCCCGAUGAUUUUGCCCUGUUCUCAACACCAGACAUUAUUCGGAGAGUGGGAGGAAAGGAACCACAAACACCAACAGAACCAUCACCUACAAAACCAGCUAAAAUUGUAUCAGAGAGAAGUAGAAAUAGUUCAGAGUCAUCACAUUCACCCACGAAACAAGAGAGACUUAGUGUUGAUGGUAAAAUUGGUGGAGAAGCAAAAGGAACUAAAAAUGUUGACAAAAGUAAAGAUCGUCGUCCAAGUUUGGAUAAAUCUAAAAGAACGAGUAUUGAUGAGAAAACUAAAAUAGAACCAAAAGCACUGGAAGUGAAAAAAGUUGAAACUAGGACUAAAUCUACUGAACAAAUGGAUUUAGACUCAAUCGCAAAUUCCAUGUUAAUGAAUGACCAAACUGAUGCAAGUGCCCCAAUUGGUGACUUUAAUCAAACUGAUGAUAAUUUAAAUUUAGAUGGAACAGGUUUAAUAGACCAAACAUUGCUGGACAACUUGAAUAAUGACUUGAUCCCUGAAGAUAUCUUGUAUCAGGUAGCCAAGUCCCUUGUGGACAAUACUGAACUUCAAAAUGUUAUUGAUAAAGGAAUAAAUGAAGGAAAUUUGGUUCUUGAUCCUACAAUGCAAGAGCAAAUGACAAUAGAUCCAAACAUUGUUCAAAACAAUACUGCUCCACUUCAGGAUAUAAACGGUGAUGCCUCUCAAAAGGGAACACAAAUAGUCCGACCAGACGGAAGAAUUGUCACAAUCCCGCCAAUUGAACGUCCUGCAACAAGAAGUAGAAACAAGAAGAAAGAUGAAGAAAAACCUUCUCCAUUUAAACCGAUUCACAAGCCGCUGGACGAUGAACACGUGUCCGGCAACGAACUGGACAGUUCCGGCGAGGAAGAGGAAUCGGAAGAUGACCCGAACAAAUUGUGGUGCAUAUGCAAUCAACCCCACAACAACCGGUUCAUGAUAUGCUGCGACACAUGCGAAGAAUGGUACCACGGCAAGUGCGUGAACAUCACCAAGGCAAUGGGCCAGCAGAUGGAGUCCGAGGGCAAAGAAUGGAUCUGUUUGUUUUGCAAAGAUCCUUCAUUAAGGCGACCGCAGGCGGCAGCUCGGAGGGUGCGAAAGGCUUCAAGGAAUUCGAGGGCCUCGACGGACAGCGUGGAAAGUAGCAAGAAGUCGGAGAGUACUCCCUCGGGUUCUUCGGUGCCUUGUGUAGUCUGUCAGAAACCGGCCAGGAAGAACUCCAUCUUCUGCAGUGAAGCGUGCAUAUUGGUUCAAGCUAACAAUGUAGAAAGGGCGGUCGUUUAUGAUCGGGCCACUGGACAUAUGUUGACAGGCAAUAAGGCGCCCAGUGCUGCCAACUUAGACCAGUGGUUAAAGGAUCACCCCACUUUUGAAGCUGUUAGGUCGGGUGGAAAAGUGGUGACAGCUAAGGCCGCAAAUAUGACCCAGUCCAAGUUGAAGCUUGUUAGAAACACCGACUCCGAAGGUGUUUCAUUGGCAAUCCAGAAUAAAGGAGUCAAUGUUGGCGUAUUAAAACACGCACCUAAACAUGCUUUACAGGUGAAAACGCCUACAAAAGCCCCUCAGUUUAAAAUCAUCAGCAAACAGGUGUCAGCUAGUCAGCUGAAAACUACUAAGCUCAUUAAUCCUACCUCCAAAAUAGUAACAAUUACUACCAAUGUAACCAAUGCUACCAACGCUACCGUUGCGACAACCCCCACAACAACACCAGUGAAAACUAAGGUUGUACAAACAACCCUUAGGACUCCUUCAAAAUCACCGCAACAACAAGUUAAGGAAAAUAAGCCUGUACCUUUGAAGACGCCAAAGUCCCGGCAACAGGAACAAGGAGCCACGCCAUCAGCGGCUAAGCAACCGGAAAACAUACGGGAAAAUGUUAAAAAGACCUUGUUCGAACAGCUCACAAAUCGACUAAAAAUGGUGGAAGACAUCAAAUUAACUGAAGAUGAGGUUCGUGCCAUUUCCUCGGAAAUCGAGUCGCAAUUGUACAAGUGCUUUGGUGAUACUGGAAUGAAGUACAGGAACAAAUACAGAAGUUUGAUUUUUAAUAUUAAAGACGUGAAAAAUCAAACUUUAUGGAGACGGAUAUGCGAAAAAUCAAUUAACCCGUACGAAUUGGUUCGAUUAUCUUCUGACGAUCUUGCAAGUCAGGAACUAGCCAUGUGGCGUGAAAGGGAGGCCAAACAUCAACUCGAUAUGAUUAAAAAAUCUGAAUUGGAGUUACUUAAUUCUAGCAGACAAUAUGUAUUAAAAACUCAUAAAGGUGAACAAGUUUUGGAAGACGAACGACGAGACGAAAAGAUAGACAACACUGAAGUAAUCAAAAGUCUUACUGAAGGUUCCGGUUUAGAAGAAGGCGAAUCUAAAUCUGAGAAAGAUAAGGAUAAGGAAAAAAGAAGCAGUUCCAAACACAGUCAUAAAGAUAAAGAGCGAAAAUCGAGUCGAGAUAAAGACAAAGAUAAAGAUAAAGAUAAAGACAAGGACAAAGACAAAGAUCAUCACCGAAAACGAUCUACAAGUCGUGACAAGGAUAAGAGUGGGAAACGUAGCAGAAGUAAGGACCACACCUCUCGGAAGGACAAGAAAAGGUCCAGGAGCAGGGAACGGGAGAGGGAAAGGGACAGAGAUAAACACCGAAAGUCGCACAAAAGUUCCAAACACAAGAAAGAUGUUCCGAUUGAAACUUCAAAACUUGAUCCAAAGUCAAAGGAGAUAUUGGAUAAGUUGGUUGUUAACAAAAUUGUUCCACCGUUGGAGGACAGACUUUGGAAGCACGUGCCUCAAGAAGAUAUUGUGCCUGCCGCUGAAAGUGACAGUGACCAUGAGCCAUCAUCAACAGUUACAAUACCCACACCACCCAGGAAUGCUGAUCCGGAUGAAAGCAACACGUCUUCCACUGAUAAAUCAGUUGCGGAGAAGGGUAAGAACUCGACGGAAGUGCGGAGUACUUCACCUCCAGCCAAACAGGCCUCGUCAGAAAUUUGGCGUGGUACAAUCAGUAUGAUUGACGUGGCACAAAUAUCAAUCACCGCUCAUGAAGUAUCAGGUGAUUGUCAUGGUCUUGGAAAAGAACUCUCAUCACACCUAGACAUUGUCGGAAGAAUAUCGCCGGAAACCGUUUGGGAUUACAUAAGCAAAAUGAAGUGCUCAAACAGUAAAAUGAUCUCACUGGUUAGGCUUACGGCUACCAACGUAGAAGAAAAAAUGCCAUAUUUGGCCUUGUAUAGCUAUCUCAGCAGUCGGACUCGAUUGGGGGUGGUGAAAAGUACAAACAAGGCUGUUAAGGAUUUUUAUAUUUUACCUCUUGCCCCGCAGACACCCAUUCCACAAGCUCUUCUUCCUCUUAAUGGACCAGGCUUUGAAGAGUCACGGCCAGCCCUGUUACUUGGCAUCAUUGUCCGGGACAAGCGGAAACGGCCGUACACUGAGGCGCCUGUCAAUCCUUUACCAGUUUUGAAACGAACUCGGGUAGAGACGCCUCCAAUAACGCCGGGAUUAGGUGCGCCUGCUGUUGCACCAGCACCCUCUAGAAGUUACACGCCACCACCAGUUAAGGAUCCCAGAUUGAGCAAAUUACCAUUGCCGGUUGUGCCAUCUCCAACUAAUGAAGAAGACGAGCCGUAUAGUCCGGAAGAUUCAGAUCCUGAUUCAACUCUGCCCCCCAUGGACCCAACUGUGCCUCCACCGCCCCUGCCUUCAAAUAUUUUAGAGUCCAAGAUUACGCCUCCAUCUUUAUAUAAGUACACGGUCGCACCGAAGGCGAGUCUUCCGAUCGCCUCACCAACGCCGUCGACAGUGAUACCAGGAUUGAUGUCUCCUCCAGCUAGCCUACCGAGUUCGGCCCACGACAUUCAACGUCAAAUGGAGGAAAUCAACAAGAAGAUUGAGAUGCAAAAGUCUGAGAUCAACAGUAUAUCAAAGAAUAUUGUGACCGCGUCGAAAACCAGCGAGUUAGGGACGUCGGCUCUAGCUAACAUCGCACUGCCCAGCAACCUGCAACAGAUACUGGACAGUAUUAAGACGAUUGAAGCGGCGUCAACAACAGAUGGUUCCGAUAUGUCGGUUAACGACACAUCCGAGGUGUCAGGAUCAUCAGACUUAACGAUUCCCUUAAUAUUGCCCAAAUCAUUCCCAAAACGGUUGCAAACCCCUCCACAAACUUCCAACAUGGACUUAUCCACCAAUACGAUACCUUUGGUGUUGCCCAACAAACCCAAAAUUAAACCUGCAACAGUGAAUUCGCCGGUCGCGGAUACGGAAAGAUCUAGCAGUCUGUUGAGUACAUUGUCUGAAGAAGAUCUAAUUAGAAAAGCUGCAGAGAUGCUAGCGGAAACGAAUGAUGUUAAGAAGCGCAAUCCCGUAACUAGUGCACCGGUUCCUCCUCCACCAACAAAGAAGUUUAAGUUAGAACUUAAUUUACCCCCCGUUCCUGGUUUAGACGAUGAUGAAGUAAUAUAGUGGACUUUUAAAUGGCCUACAGAGUAUAGUGUUUAUGAAUGGUGUAAGCAUUGCUUUUUGUUGUGUUAACACUCGUGAAAUAUCAAUAUCCAAUUUUAGUUAACAAGGGAUUAAAAAAUGUUACAGUACACAAAAUCUAAUAUUAAUAUUUUUAGUAAUUUCUUUAUUAUAAAUUAUAUACUUAUACUAUUUGUAAAUAUUAUUGUAUAGUGAAAUUUUUUAUGUACAAAGUUAUUUUGUAAGUUUCAUUGAAUACUAGUUAAUAAAUAGAAUGUAUUUAAUCUAUUAGUUAUAUAAUAGGCUUGUAAAUAUAUAGGUAGAAAUUUCAUUCAUUUCAAAUUGAUCUUCUAUAAUCAUUUCUAUUGAAUUUUGUUUCUAUUGACAAUUAGUUGCGAUACAAUUUUUAUUUUUUACAA